AUGGACGCCACAGAGGACCAUAGAAGCAGAGGGGGUGAUGACGAGGAGAAGGGAGCGGCGGGGAACAUGGCGGCUGUGACCCCUGAACCCAGGGACUGGCUGUUUAGAAGUUGUAUUAUUAACAUGGAUAUAAGCAGCGGCAGUGAAGAGUUUGAGGACUAUAAGUCUCCAGUGCCGGAGCAGGAAGAGUCCAGCUGUGUGGUGAUUGACUCAGACUCUGACACUCGAUCUUCCAUUGAAGAACAGAGGGCUGAGAUCUGUGAAAUAAGCAACAAAGGGAAGUAUCAUUUCUGCUUAGAGAAACAGCUGGGCUCUGAAGCCUUGGCACAUGUGGCUGUUUUAGGAUCUGCCUCUGCAAACCUUAAGUUUGUGAUGACUUUACAGCAAGCACCAAAAGUCCAGCUGGACCACAAUGAUUCCCGUGAUGAGGGCCAAAUACUUGAGUAUGAAAAAGAAGUGGUUCAAAGUAUUGAUUCUACUCCCAGUUCAGCUGAUGGUUGUGACCUGUGGGAUCUUUGUGGAAAUUCCAACCAGCCAUCAAGUGAGUCUAACCCAGAGCCAGAGCCAGAGCCAGAGCCAGAGCUGGAGCCAGAGCCGGAACUGCAACCUCAGCCAGAGACCGAGUCCCAGGCUGAGCCCAAGCCAAAACCUGAGCCCAAAGCACAGCCAGAGCCAGAGCCAGAGCCAGAGCCAGAGCCAGUGCCAGAGGGGGAGCUGCAUCCAGAGAAGGAGCCCAAGCCACAGCCUGAGUCCAAGCCCCAGCUGGAGCCUGAGCUAAAGCAGGUGCCUGAGUGUCAAUCUGAGCAAAAUAUCACCAACAAGGAGGCUGGGGAGAGGCGGGCUGCAUAUCUGCUGGCCAAACAAAGGAAAAAGAGAAAAAACAGAUUUAUAUGUAUGUCACAGGAUCCCCAGCCAGAGCAGGAGCCUGAGCCUGGGCCUGAGCCUGACCCUGAGCCUGACCCUGAGCCUGAGCCCAAGGCAGAGGCAGAGGCCAAGGCCCAGCCACAGCUGGAGCCUGCACCUGAGCCGGAGCCUGAUUCUGAAUCUGAGCAAAAUAUUACCGACAAAAAGGCCAAGGAGAGUCGGGCUGCGUAUCUGCUGGCCCAACGAAGGAAAAAGAGAAAAAAUAGAUUCAUAUGUAUGUCACAGGGUAAGCCACGUAGGAAACGCCGUAGGCUAUUCUCACAGAAUGAGCCCAGCCUGCCAAGUGCAUCUGCAAAGCCUAGGUCCCCUGAUGUGUCCAUGUCAUCGGGCCAACCUCUUCAUGCUGCUGAAAACACCGCAUUAAGUAAGGGGAGAGGGAAAGGAGCAAAACCACGAAAGUGA